AUGCGGCGGGGCGCGCUGCUGGCCGGCGCCCUGGCCGCCUACGCCGUGUACCUGGUGCUGGGCGCGCUGCUGGUGGCGCGGCUGGAGGGGCCGCACGAAGCGCGGCUCCGCGCCGAGCUGGGGGCGCUGCGGGAGCAGCUGCUGCAGCGCAGCCCGUGCGUGGCGGCGCCCGCCCUGGACGCCUUCGUGGAGCGGGUGCUGGCGGCCGGCCGGCUGGGGCGCGCGGUGUUCGCCAACGCUUCGGGGUCCAACGCCUCGGACCCCUCCUGGGACUUUGCCUCGGCUCUCUUCUUCGCCAGCACGCUGGUCACCACCGUGGGCUACGGGUACACGACGCCACUGACCGACGCGGGCAAGGCCUUCUCCAUCGCCUUCGCGCUGCUCGGCGUGCCCACCACCAUGCUGCUCCUGACCGCCUCGGCCCAGCGCCUGUCUCUGCUGCUCACCCACAGGCCCCUGGCUUGGCUGAGGACGCGCUGGGGCUGGGAGCCCCGGCGGGCCGCCCGCUGGCACUUGGUGGCCCUGCUGGGGGUCAUCGUGGCCUUCUGCUUCCUGGUACCAGCGGCCAUCUUCGCCUACCUGGAGGAGAACUGGAGCUUCCUGGACGCUUUCUACUUCUGCUUCAUCUCCUUGUCCACCAUCGGCCUGGGGGACUACGUGCCCGGGGAGGCCCCCGGCCAGCCCCACCGUGCUCUCUACAAGGUGCUGGUGACAGUCUACCUCUUCCUGGGCCUGGUGUUCAUGGUGCUGGUGCUGCAGACCUUCCGCCGCCUGUCCGACCUCCACGGCCUCACCGAGCUCAUCCUGCUGCCGCCCACCCCGUGCCCCGCCAGCCUCAGCGAGGAAGACGAUGAUCGGGUGGACAUCCUGGGCCACCAGCCAGAGCCACACCAGCAGCUGUCUGCCAGCUCCCAUGCUGACUAUGCCUCCAUCCCCAGGUAGCCGGGGCGGGCACCGGGGGCCCACAGGAGCGCACCUGCCGGGACGGCUACCUUGUGUCCGCCGGCACGCGGGGCGGGCGCUGCCUCUGUGCCCUGGGCUCCACCGGGCACCGACACGACCUUGCUCUCCAUCCCUUCCCUUCAUUUCAAACCACGCGCUCCGGGCCCCCGGCCUCUGCUCUUACCGCUGGUUUACAAUCUCUCGCCUGUUCCACUGGUCUUGCCCGUGAGCCACUCCUCAGCUGCCGGUUCCACCGGGCGCUCCAUCUGGCCCUGUCCUCCAACGUGACUGCCCGUCUCUCAGCCUUGACAGUUAGGUGGAAAGAAUAUGUUCACUCGCCCAGAAACUCCCUGCUUUGGCUGCCCUGUGCUGGCCAGCGCUGGAGGCACAGGAGUGGUGGAGGUGGCCCUGUACUGUGAUGGCAGAGGUGGCCCCGCACGGGCAGGACUGUGGUGGGGGGGAAGGCAGAAUUAUUGGGGCACAAUGGAGAAAGCACAGGCAGGGUGGUCAGGACUGAGGUGGGGGAAGCACAGGGCAUGUUCUUAAUCCGGCUUGAAAGGUCUGGAGGGCUUCCUGGAGGAAGGGGCAACUGAACCAAGACCUGAAAUAUGAGGAAUCGUCAGGGAAGAAGUUGUACCUAACUUCCUUGUCUUACGUGUCUCCGGGGAACAGGGCCGGUGCAGGCCUGGGGGACACACUUGCCAUCAGUAGUGCAGCAGGCAGGAAGCUGACACGGGGCCCCAGCCCAGAUCUGCACGGAAGGCAGAGCUCUCCAGGACGCUGUUGUAACAGCUGGCCGAUGCUGAUAGCUCUGGGCGCUGGGCUCAAAUCCCAGCACAGCCUGGUCCUGCCUGUGAAAGGUGACCCUAGAUAGAGCUGCUUGCCACCGAGGUUUCGCAGGCGCGGCUUUGUUCUGCGAAGCUUGAUCUGCGUGGGUCCUGCCCUGCACGCUCUCCCUACGAGGGAGGGGAAGUGACUGAGCCCCACCCACAGAUGAGGAAACUGAGGUGGGGCGCUGGGGAUCUCCCCAGCUCAGCCACAGAGGCAGAGAGAGGGGUCUGAUUUAUGUUUAGUGCCCCUGGAGACUUGUUCCCUCCCAGGAUGCACCUCCGUGUGGUCUCACCGCCAGGGCCCAGCUGUGCACUUGUUCUCUGUCACUUCCUGUGGCGGGGACAGAAGCCAAAGCGCCUUGGAGCUGGCCUUGACA